UGUUAUCGAAUACCUUUCAGACAUGGAAUAUUACGCCACUUAUAACAUCUCCAUCAUAGCUGUGAUAAGGAGAGCAGAGAGUCUACCUAUGAUUGUUAGUGGAGACACACGAGAUGGAGACCCCUCUGCCAUCGAGUCGGUUUCAUACACCUCUACUGCCAGUUCCUUGCGCUUUGUGUGGGAGGAACCCUCUUGUGAAAGCCUACACGGUGUUUUGGAUGGCUAUGAAUACGAUCUCUAUGAUCCUACUGGUGUGGGGAGAACUGUCCAGGAUCGAACGACCAUACGAGGAAACAGUGUAGAAAUAACUGAUCUUGAUGCUUGCACAGAAUAUCGCUUCAGAAUAAGAGUAGUUACUACCCAGCUGAAAAGGAGUGAAUGGCACAUGGAAAUGGCAAUGACUAAUAUAUCAGCUCCUGGGAUGCCAGUUAUUACAGAGCUUACCACAUAUCAGGAAGACAGUGGCACUACUGGUCUAACAAUAUCAUGGCAACCUCCUUCCUCACCUCCAUGCCAGCCUACACAUUAUGAAAUCAAGUACUAUGUUCUUCAAGGCGAUAUGUGUGAGGAUAACUCGAGGGAUCGUAUAAUGACUUCAGCAGGGACCGUCAAUGGUUCAACUUUCACCUUCAAUGUCCUGGAGUUGCGUCCCAACUCUGAGUACAUGGUGUUCGUGAGAGGCAGAACCAGUAGCGGUUAUGGUGAUUCGGAUUCCCAAUCAGCUACUACAGGAUAUUCAUAUCCUACUGGUCCUCCAACUAAUAUUCAGUCCACUUCCAUCAAGAAACGUAGUAUUGUCUUCUCUUGGGGAAAACCAGAAUGUGGUGAUCGGAAUGGUCCAAUCUCAAGCUACGAAGUUAUGCUCUCCAAUUCUACAGGAGACGUGGUUUAUCAUGGUAAUGCCUCAGCUAGCGCAGGACCUGAGCUAUUUGAGAUAUUUGACCUCAUCCCCUAUUCGAUCUACAGGAUUAGGAUCAGAGCUUGGAACUAUGAACUAGCAGGGGAGUAUGGUCCAGCGAUUUGGGCACAGACAGAUGAAUCAAAGCCAGCGCCACCAAUCGAAGUAAAGCUUCCAUCUUCCGACCAGGAGAGCAUCACAGUAGAAUGGAUGUCACCGAACCCUCCUUUGGGCAGGAUAAUGGGUUACUACAUUCUCUACUGGGAGACGGAUGAUGUUGGUGCUACUCCUCAGACCUUCGGCAUCGAGUGUCGGGACGGGCAGUGCUCUGACAUUGACUACAGGUUUUCCACAAUUAUCCCCCAUCUCCAGCGGGACACAAAUUAUUCCGUUCAGGCAAGUGCGAUUCUUGCAGGCGUUUUGUAA